CCCGUUUUCCCACCGCGACCUCACCCCACAUCCUCGCUCGAGCCAUGGAGGAGCUCCUCCCCUUCUCGAAACCCUAGCGCCGCCGCGCCCUGUCUCCUCCAGCACCGGUGACAUGUAACCGGCCAGCGCCAUCCAUAUUCUCCCCCGUGUCUCUUCUUCCCACCCGCGACCACGACCACGGCCUCGCGAUGGACGUCGCGCCGGCCGCAACCUCCUCGCCAAAACCUAGCUUCUCCCAGAGCGGGAGCAACGACAGCGCGGAGAGGGAGAAGAAGGCCGUCGCGGCCCACCCGCUUCACGAGCGGCUGCUGGAGGACCACGUCGCCUGCUUCCGCGUCGCCACCCCCGGCGCCCAGCUUCCCCGCAUCGACUCGCAGAUCGCGGCCAGGCCGCCCCCACUCGUCGCUGCAAUCGAGAUUGUGGGUGGCCCCUCCAACCUACGCCGCCGGCAUCUCCGCCCCUUCCAUCGACGCAGCCACCGUUUCCACUCACUCCACCGAGGUGCAAGUGUGUUGGUUCAAGAGCCAUCGAAACUGUCAACUUCAUAGGAACUGUCAAUUCAUGUGCUCACGUAGCCACAACGGUCAAGCCUAGCAGGCCUCCCCCAUGCGGGUCUGCUUGUUUAGCCUGAAGUGGGAGCUUCUACUUCGUUUGGGUCAUUGCAAGCACAACCAAACACAAAAAUUACUUUUAGCUCUAGGUUUUUAUAGGCCUUUCUCAUUUGCAUUAAAACCUGCAAGCCCCUUCGGAUGUACUCCCGUAGUUUGUGGAUCCUCCUGCUAACUAAUGCAUCUGGGUACUACAUAUUUAUGGCCGAAAUGGCACCACACACAUAUAUAUAAGGCAAACCCCUUCACAAAUUUCCCAAAUCGCCACUGAAAGCCUGCGGCGAGGGUUUCCAACGACCUCUAGGGACGAUGGAUGUUUGUGUGACUGGAUAUAUGGAGCUUUGGUUCUGGUGGACCUUUUAACUUGGAGGAAGGGUCUCAUGGUGCAAGGACGUACCUCUAGAGAAAGAUGAUGUUGAGUCACUCAGUCACACGUCUAUGUCCGUGUGUUUACUACCAUCCAACAGACUUGAUUUUCUUGCAGAUAUUGUUGCAAUGCCAUCUCGGCUUUCCAACAUAGAUGAGAUCUCGAUGCUACAUGCCUUCAUGGAUGACCUCCCUUUGCAUCAUGGUCAUGCACUCGCCUCACCUCGGUGCCAUAGUUUUUUAUAAUUAAUACCAUAUAUAUAUUUAAAAUAGCAAAUAAUAUACUGUAGAGAUACAUGAGCUAGCUGUUGUCUUCUGCAAUAGAAGACAUCGGCAUGGGUUGCAAGAUCAAACAUUGACAUGCUUCACGUGCUUGCAAGAGGAGGAUACGGUGGAGCACAUCCUAGUGCAAUGUCCAUAUGCGAGGCAGACUUGUUUCGAGUGCUUGAUUGCUGCAGGGCUGAGCAUCAUGGAGCCAACGCAAGAAAGCAAUCUGGAGGAUUGGUGGAGUGCCGCGAGGGUUUUGGUGACUCCAAAGGAUAGAUGGGGCUUCGGUACGCCGCCCUCCUAAUUGCUUGGUCGUUGUGGAAGCAAAGGAACGCGCGCGCGUUCAACAACCAGACACAGUAGCUUAGCGUCCAUCAGCUGGUGGAGACGAUAUCAAGGAGGACGGCGAGGCAAGGAGGGAGUGAGACGAUAUCACGAGAGUAGGCUUAGGUGGUGUGUGUGGGUUGGAGGAAACCGGCACAUCUGUUAGCAGAUGGGGCUGGCGAUCUUGUAAAUGAUUUUUUGCUAUCUUCUAUAAAGAUUUUAUACGCUAUUAACGUACCCUCGAAAAAAAAGUCUAAAAUGCAAAUCUUAGAUGCUUUUGAACUCUUUCUUCUUCCAAGAUGAUUCUAUUGAUGAAGGCUUCGUGCGGUCAGAUUGCGUUUUUUUUUUUCAAUU